AAUUUAUUUUUUGUGAAAUCUGGUCUUAACAAAUUUGAAAUUUAGUGUCAGAAACGUUGAAAUGGAAAACAAACAGCAAAAACCAGCAAAAAACGUUGUACUUGAACGGGAGCCUAACUUCCAAGAGGCCUACGAAUUGCAGCCUCAAUUUCCACAUUUGGAAGGAACUUGCAUUGGCGUAGGUGUCCAGAGUAUUGUUUUAAAUGCAGUCGCGACAUUACUGGAUUCCUCUUCCUCAGAAAGUGACGAUGAAGAAGAUACAAUCAUAUGUGAGCGAUUGCGACGUCGUGAUAAUAUAUAUUUAAAAAAUGCUGUACUAUUGCUUGCUAAAAACAAUCGCAAUUGUGUUAAGCACUAUUUUGAACGAAUUGUUCCAUCAUAUUAUGAAAGUGAAUUUCGCAGUCACUUUAGAACUUCUAGGAGCCUUUUCGCAAGCUUAAGUGAUCGUUUAUUCCAAAGUGAAUAUUAUCAAAUGCUACGUCCAGACAAACGAAACUCGGAAAAAUUGUAUUUGCUGGUAUUUUUGUGGUUCGCUGGCCAUGAAUCAUGCAGUUAUCGAGAUCUAGCCGAUCGUUUCGACUUGUCUUUGUCAACAAUAUGCCUAAUUAUAAAUAGAGUCUCGAUGUUUCUCAGCUCGACGAGCCCACAAAUUAUAAAAUGGCCCACUGCUUCUGAAAAACAAGAAUCAAGCGAAUCCUUUCAGAAUAAAUGCCUCUUCAGCAAAGAUGCAUCGACGGAACACAUGUUGAGAUCGAUCCACCACCUAGAGGAAAAGAUGACUAUAUCGAUCGAAAAGGAAGAAGAUCAAUAUGCUUACAAGGUAUAUGCAACGAAAAGAAAAAGUUCUUAAAUGUAUUUGUCGGAUACCCAGGCUCUUGCCAUGAUAGUUGGGUGCUUAAAAACUCUCCAAUAUAUCAAAAAUUACCAUCAUACUGCGAAGAGUACUAUUUAUUAGGCGACUCCGCAUACCCAUGUAACAGGUACUUAAUAACUCCGUACAGAAACAAUGGACAUCUAACUAGACAUCAAAUGUUCUUUAACAAAAAGCUGAGUUCAGGUCGUGUGGUUAUUGAGCAUACAUGCGGAUUAUUGAAGCAGAGAUUUAGGCAGUUGUAAAAUUUGCCACUUUAUUAGAGUUUGUGUGCUCUCCACAAUAUUUCGAAUGAAGAGGAAAUUGAUUUUAGUUCUGAGGUCAUACCUGAAACUAAUGAAGAUUACUAUUAUGAACGUGGAGAAGUUUCGAGCGGAAACACUGUAAGAAAUUCACUUUGUGAAGAUGUAAUAAGACGGUCUAAUUUUACUAACAAUUAACUAAAAUUAUAAUUCAAUUUAUUAAUUUUUUUCCUUAUACAUACACCAUAUUGGCCAGUUUAGUGUUUAUUGUUUUUAAAUGUGCAUUGUUUAUAUAAAAAAAUAUAUAA